AUGGCCGCACCCGCGCCUUCACCUAGUGGCUCAUCCUCGUCCUCUUCAUCGUCUGCGCACUCGCUCAGCCCAGCGCACCUGCCAUCUACACUGAACGCUUCGACGCUAAUCCGAGCCAUACGCAAAGCGCUGGAGACGUUCUUCGGCGAUGCGGGCGCCGGAACAUGCGGCGGCGCGCUUGCGUGUCGAUACUACUCUCCCAAGACGGGCAUGGCUAUCAUACGGUGUGCAAGAGAGGCUGCAAGGACCGUCUGGGCUGCAAUCACCAUGAUCAACGAGCUGGAAGGGCGCAGGGUCCGGAUCGCUGUCGUGCAUUGCAGCGGCACAAUCAAGAAGACGCAGAUGCGAGCGAUCGAAAUGGAUAAGAAGGUAAUCUUCUUCUUGCGACGCCACAACGCUUCGUCUGAGCGCAGAGCAGAUGUCGAGCGACAGCGAGCGCUGUUUGCCAUGUUCCAGACCCAGCCGGGCAAUAUUAACACCGCAGAAGCCCUCAGCAAUACAGCCGCACUACCCGCUGGCUCCGCCGGCGCAAAAGAGCCCGUUCCUAACGUCGAGGCCAAGGGAGGUGUAGCCGCACAGAACCGGAAAAGAAAGCGAGAGGGUCAGAACCGGGCAGCGGAUGGUGGCCGAGAGACUUCUCAGCCCUUGGAUGAGGAGACGAAGAAAGAGCUGGAUGCGAGUAUGAAAGCCAUCAUGGCUAUCCAACAGUAG